CGCUCAUUAGGCAGGCAGUCAGUCUCCUGCAGUGUGUAGUGAAAGCAGUUGUUGCAACAUGGCGAGGGAACAGCUCUGUAAGCUAUUUGUUGGCGGGCUCAGCUUUGAAACGGUGGAAGGAAACCUGCGGAACCAUUUUGAGCAGUGGGGGAAGCUAACUGACUGUGUUGUCGUACAAGAUACGAUCACCCGGCGCCCCCGUGGCUUCGGCUUUGUCACAUAUUCUUCGCCGAGCGAGGCGGAUGCUGCAAUGGCUGCUAGGCCUCAUGUCUUAGAUGGCCGCACGGUGGAUCUGAAACGAGCUGUGCCAAGGGAAGACUCCAACAAACCUGGCUUCAACAUGAAGGUAAAGAAGAUCUUUGUUGGCGGUAUAAAAGAGAACCUUGGCGAGAAUGAUUUACAAAGCUACUUCUCAGACUAUGGUAUGAUUGAGAAAGUAGAUGUGAUCUGUGACCGAGAGACUGGCAAGAAAAGAGGCUUUGCCUUUGUGUACUUCGAUGACCAUGAUUCUGUUGAUAAAGCGGUUAUACAGAAGUACCACAUGAUUAAUGGCUACCGGUGUGAAGUCAAGAAAGGUUUGUCGAAGGAGGAGAUGCAGAGCGGAACUAGACCUCGCGGCCGAGCUGGCAACUUUAGCCAGAGAAACGGUCGGAGUAAUGGCAAUUUUGGAAAUGCAGCUGGGUAUGGGGCCCAUGGCGGCGGAGGCGGCUACUACAAUGAUAGAGGAAAUCGAGGAGACGUCUAUGGUGGUUAUGGUGAUGGGGGGUAUCCUCGGCGUGACCGUUCCUUCUCAGGCGGAAGUUAUGAUCGAAUUCGGGAUUAUGGGUUUGCGAGCUAUGGCGGUGGAGAAAGAGGAUACAAUAAUGAGAAUUUCGAUGACAUGUAUGACAAUUUUGGGAGCUAUUCCCCUGAGCAGUCCAACUAUGGCCCCAUGAGAGGAGGGGGUGGUAUGGAAAAGUAUGCUGGACCCUACAGGGGAGAUUAUGGUGUUAGCAAUAGAAGCAGAAACAGAGAUUAUGGAGGAUAUGCCUUUUAACAUGCGCAUGAAUUUAAUGUGUAAGGGGGAAGUAUUUGAUUUGUACACAUGGCUCAAGCUAAAAGUGAAUUGUGUGUAAACUGUGUAAGGGGGAUGUAUUUGAUAUGUACACAGAAGUAGCUGUAUAGCUACAUAAUGUAUUCAUCUAAUCAAGGAUAAUUGUAUACUUUUUUCACAAUAAAAAAAAUUCAGUUUA